CCGGAGCAAAGCAACGCGAACCAGAAAUAUCUCCUUCGCUUUUGCGCUUUUGCACUUUUCCCCACACUCCACGCCACCCCCUUCCCGAGCCGGCGAUGGCGAUGGCUGGGGCUGGCGGCGAGGCGGAGCGGGUGGCGGCGCUGCUGCGCAGGAUAACGGGGGAGGGCGGGUUCGCGUUCGUCGCCUCCGCGGAGAAGGCGGCAGCUGGGGACCUCCGGGCGGCGGAGGCGGCGCGGGAGAUGGCGUGGGAGCAGCUGCACUCGGGGCCGUGGAGCGAGGUGGGCGCCGCGUGGAGGGACGCAUACGCGCUCGCCUGCCUACACGUGGCGCGGCUCCGCGUCCGCGGCGGGGCAGGCGGCGAACGGCCCGCUGCGCUCCGGGCACUCGACAUGGGGCUCAUCAUGGGGGGAAGCCUCCUCCGCGCCGACCUCGAGGCCGCCGUCGCACGCAUCUCUGCUGAACCGUGUGGCGGCGGCGGCGGCGCGGAGGCCGUCGAUGAGGAGGACGAGAGGUGGAGGGAGGGGCUCGACAGGAACCGAGACAUCGCAGAUGCCCUCAAAAUUCUGCCGGCACAGUCUUUAUCUUGCAAGAAAGUCGAGAGGCGAUCAUGUAUUUCCUUGGAGGAGUUUAUAUGUAAUUAUUUUUUACACGAGUCCCCUGUUAUAAUCAGUGGCACCAUCGAUCAUUGGCCUGCAAGGACAAAAUGGAAGGACAUUAAAUACCUCAAGAAGAUUGCUGGAGAUCGGACUGUUCCUGUUGAAGUUGGAAAAAAUUAUGUGUGUAGUGAGUGGAAGCAGGAGCUUAUCACGUUUUCUCAGUUCCUUGAGAGGAUGUGGUCAACUGGUUGUCCAUCGAACUUGACAUAUCUAGCUCAGCAUCCAUUGUUUGAGCAGAUAAAAGAGCUCAGUGAAGACAUAAUGGUUCCUGACUACUGUUAUGCUGGUGGAGGUGAACUCCAAUCACUUAAUGCUUGGUUUGGUCCACAUGGGACAGUGACACCAUUGCACCACGACCCACAUCACAACAUCUUAGCUCAGGUCUUGGGCAGGAAGUAUAUUAGACUCUAUCCUGCUUCCAUAACUGAGGACUUGUAUCCACACACAGAAACUAUGCUGAGCAAUACUAGUCAGGUAGAUCUUGAUAACAUCGAUUUGAAGGAGUUCCCUAAGGCAGAGAGCCUGGGCUUCAUGGAUUGUAUAUUGGAGGAGGGUGACCUGCUUUACAUUCCACCAAAAUGGUGGCACUACGUUAGAUCUCUCUCUACCAGUUUCUCCGUUAGCUUUUGGUGGCGUGCAACAGUUCAACCUUCAGGGGGUUCAUAGCGUCAUUCUUUUUUAUCUCCCACAUAUCAGAAUCAGAUUGCAGAAGCUAAAGAAACCUGACAGGAUCCUUCGUUUCAGGUGACAUCUGCUAUUGAAUGGAUGUAGGCAUGCUAUUACAGAUAUGCAUUGUUAGUUUCACCAUAGCGAUUCAAUUAUUGAAUUGCUUAUAUACCUCUUGUAACGCUGUUCAUACUUCGUUGUGUUACCCUCUGUUGCUUGAAAGUUGAUGUCGAAAGGGUCCAGCAUCGCCAGCUUCAUUUUGUUUUGAAGGAA